GUGGAUAUCUGGGUGACGUAACUAGCCCAUCCAGGCAGAACUUGUAUAAGCUCUUUACUCUGAUAGGUUUAAAUCCGUAACCAUGUUUCCAGCUGCCGACGUUAACAAUUCACAUACAACAUUAAACACCGGGUUCCGACUCACACACUCCAACCGUUUCAACUUGGAAGAGUUGAAGUAAUCUCUGCCAGUCAUUGCAUUAGAAAAUACAGGCAAUAUCAACAAUCAACGACAUGAGAACCGAGAGCUGAGGUGCAUUAUUAUUAGUUAGAGGUAUCAUUUUUCUUUUCUAUUUCCGACCAGAUCCGUCAUGUCCUCCGAAGAUCCCCAUCCCCUCGCCGGUUCAGGCGUCACGAUGCACUCCGACAGCGAGCAAUACUCGGCGGCAGAGGAUUUAUUAUCCCCGCCAUCAUCUUCCUCACCACCUGUCAUACUCUACAACCCUCCAACCGUCUGGUCCAUGCUACGAGGAGUGGCUAUCAACCUAUUAUUACCAUUCAUCAACGGUAUGAUGCUUGGGUUCGGCGAGCUGUUUGCGCACGAAGCGGCCUUUAGGUUAGGGUGGGGAGGAACAAGGGUCUUCCCUCUUUCUCGACGGAGAGCGCAUCCUAUCGGACCGGGUAUCGAGAUCCGUAGCCGACCUAAACCACGACCUGAUUUACAAGACCUAACGAGCCUCGAGUGAUUAACAAGAUGGGGGUCGAUAUUUGUACAUAUGUAGAGCUAAGGCGAUGGAAUACGUUGCUAAGGCUUAUGUAUUGCCUCUCAUACGGAAAUACCACGUUAGAAAGGUGGAUGGAUAGCAAGGAGGAAAUAAAAAAGGCGUCAUAUUUAAGAUAACCUUUCGUAAGAGACCAUGAUUGCAUGACAUUCUCAACAGAAUAAGCAGUUCGGGAUAGGGUGAAGGGUGUAUUUCGAGCCAUGGUAAUGUCAUGCUAAUACCUAUUGGGCCACCCUCAACGGUAACUAGAAUUUGACUAAACUCGGUUCUUACGAGUAGUGACUCGUGAGUAGUGAGUAGUGAGUUAUAAAAUCAUUCUAGGUACCUAAGGUAGUAGUUAUACCUUCUAUGUGAUCAGUUUGCGAGGUUAGUUGUUGUCGAUAUAAUAACAUUGACAUAGAUCAAGACCAGGUCAAGCAAGGUACAAUGCCUUAGGUACGUACGUACCUAGCCUAUUAAAUUGGAGUUGGCGUUGCGGACAGCGGAAAAAAUCAGUCCUAUCGGGUAGAUACCUAAGGCUUAUAGGUGCAGGUGCACUUAAACAUCCGUAUCGAUAAAGAAAAGUGACC